AUGGCUCCAGUCAGCCAAUUAGAAAUUAUUUCUAAUGAAGAGUCUCACGAAUUGGCUUGUAAUGUUGCUAUCUCCAUGAAUAACAUCAACAACAACAAGCACAUGCAAGAAAAUUUGGAAGUUGUUGGAGUUCUUGUGGAACGAUUUUCCAAGUUGUUUGCUUUAGCAACUCUUCCAGAAAAUUCACCAAAAAGCAGAAACUAG